AUAAAUAGAUGCAUAUUGGGAAAAAUUGAAGUCUUUUUCUGGGUUUGUUUCUAGGGUUUUGUUAUUAGCGGUAUUGCAGAAGAGCAAAAAAGGCGGAGCUUCCCAAUCUAAUUCUUACACAAACAAAGGUUUUGGGUUCUGCCUAUCUGAAUCUGUAGCAUGGAGUUUGACGAGUAUGAUUAUUUGGAGAAGUCAGUGUAUGAGCCCAAAGACGGAAAGUCCAAAGACGAUGACAUUAUGACCGAGAAAGGUCACAGGAGAAGUAGAAGAGAGUCAAGAGACAAAGAUGAUGAACGUGAAGAAGAUGGAGGUGAGCGGAAGAGUAGUAGGAGACUGAGGGAUGGAGACGAAAAUGGUGGAGGGGAGAGAAAAAGAGAGAGGGAUGAAGAUAGGGAUAGUAGGAGAAUUAAGUCAUCGUCAGGGCAUAGAAGUGGGAGAGAUGGAGAUCGGCAUAGAGAGAGGAGAGAGGAGAGUGAUAGGGGUGAGAAGGAUGGGGAUCGGCAUAGGGAGAGGAGAGAGAAGGAGAGUGAUAGAGGAGAUAAGGAUCGUGAUUCAGAUAAGAGGGAUAAGGAUCGGGUUUCAGAGAAGAGGGACAAGGAUCGGGAUUCAGAGAAGAGAGAGAAGGAUCGGGAUUCAGAGAAAAGAGAAAAGGAUCGGGAUUCAGAGAAGAGAGAGAAGGAUAGAGAUUCUGAGAAGAGAGAAAGAGAAAGAAGGAAAGAAAGAGAAAGGUCAAAGGAAAAAGAUAGGUCUAGAAGAAGCAGUAGCCGGUCGAGAAUUGAGCGCGAGGAAUUUCUGAAAGAUGGAGAGCCGGAAAUGGAAACCAGGAGAUUUAAAAAUAAGAAAGAAGCACUAGAGGCUGAAGCUGACCCAGAAAGAGACCAGAGAACUGUUUUUGCAUACCAGAUGUCUCUUAAGGCAACUGAGAGGGAUAUUUAUGAGUUCUUCUCCAAGGCUGGAAAGGUGAGAGAUGUUCGACUAAUCAUGGAUCGCAAUUCAAGAAGGUCAAAAGGAGUUGGGUAUAUCGAGUUUUAUGAUGCUAUGUCAGUGCCAAUGGCUAUAGCAUUAUCUGGCCACCUACUUCUUGGGCAGCCUGUAAUGGUUAAACCUUCAGAGGCAGAGAAGAAUCUUGUUCAGUCUAAUGCUUCAGCUGUUGGGUCUGGUGGUCUUGCAGGGCCUUAUGGUGCUGUUGAGAGAAAAUUAUAUGUUGGCAAUUUACACUUUAACAUGACAGAAUUUCAGCUUAAACAGAUUUUUGAAGCUUUUGGCCCAGUGGAGCUUGUGCAACUACCUGCUGACCAAGAGACAGGACACUGCAAAGGUUUCGGCUUUGUUCAAUUUCUGCAACGUGAACAUGCAAAAGCAGCUGAGAGUUUGAAUGGGAAAUUGGAGAUUGCUGGUCGUACUAUCAAGGUUUCAUCUGUUGCAGAUCAUGUUGGUGCACAAGAUUCAGGAGCGAAAGCCGCAGACUUCGAUGAUGAUGACGGGGCUGGUUUGGCUUUAAAUGCUCAAUCGAGAGCGUCGCUAAUGCAGAAACUGGACCGCAGUGGUACUGCCACAAGUUUUGCAGGGUCUCUUGGAGCUCCCAUGCUUUUUGGCUCAGCUCCAGUUCAGCCGUCUAUUGGCAUGCCUAUGAAUGGAGCAAAUCCAGCUUUUCCAGCACAAAUGACUCCUGCAGCUUUAGAGCCAAUUGGAAAACCAAGCGAGUGCUUGCUCUUAAAGAAUAUGUUUGAUCCAACUACUGAGGAUGAUCCAGAAUUUGAUCAGGACAUAAAGGAGGAUGUGGAGGAAGAGUGUUCUAAAUAUGGUCAAGUGAAGCACAUUUAUGUGGACAAGAACAGUUCUGGUUAUGUCUAUAUGCGGUUUGAAAAUGUUGAAGGAGCGUCACGUGCUCAGCAAGCAAUGCAUAGGAGAUGGUUUGCUCGUAAAAUGAUUUCAGCCAUCUUCUUGCAAUCGUACGAAUAUGAUGCUAAAUUCAAAGGUGCAGCUUGAACAGUUCCGGCCUGGACACGCAUAUGGUCAUUGCUACAACUAUGCUGUGUCAAGUGUCGCUUUAUAUACUGUAUCAAUUUUUAUUAUUGUUUCACAUGUACACAAGUAAUAGGUAAAGGUUUUUCAGCACUAGCUGCUUGAAUGAUAAACUGUAUUGUUGAAGUACUGAAGGUGCGUUAAUCUUUUCCUCAGAUUGUUUCAUUUGUGCAAGUGUGUUGCACUGGAUUAGAUUUAAGGAAUUUUUUCAGUAUA